AUGGCCAUAGAUGAUUCUUGUAGAAAAGCUGGAACUGUUCCCUUCAAGUGGGAGAUUCGACCCGGCGUCCCCAAGAUCCAACAACAACACAAACAAACGCCCAAGCCAUCACCGCCACCGUCGCCACUCCCACCCCGACAUUCAACAUUUUCGUCACCGGCUCCACUGCAAAAGCUUAAGCCCCCACCAGCCGGCUUCCAGUUUUAUGCUCCGUUCGAGCACCGGAGCCAGUCAUUUCGGUCCACCUCACGUGUCUAUUCCGAGCGUUGGCGGCUUCAUCAACCCACCCGAGGCCGACCCGAUUGCGUUUCACCUGGAUGUUUCCCGGCUCGCUCGACUAGUAGACGCAAGGAAAGCAAGAAGAAAGGUGAACAAGGUUACUUUUCAGACCUUGAAACAUUGCCCCGUUGGUCGGUUUCAAGCCGGAGGUCGUUUUCACCAUUCACUGCCUCACCGGCUUCGUCAUCUCUCUUGUCGUGUAAGUCAUCGCCCCAACACGUGGUUGAUUCUGACUGGGCCGGGUUCGGACUUUUUUAA